AGAAACCAUACUUGUAAACACACAUACAACACCUGCAACAUUUCUUUUUCUUUUCAAAAUGAAGAAUAUUCAACGUCAGCUUUCUUCAUCUUUCAUGAAAUUCUUAGAAGACAAGAACAGAGACCUAGAGGCUGUGUUUGCUUACAUGGAUGCAAACAGAGAUGGUAGAAUCUCUGCUGAUGAGCUUAAGAAGAGUUUCAUGACAAUGGGAGAGCAAAUGUCUGAUGAAGAAGCCGAGGCUGCUGUUAAACUGUCUGAUAUAGACGGAGAUGGGAUGUUGGAUCUUCAUGAGUUUGCUCAGCUUAUCAAAGGGAACGAUGACUUCACAGAGGAAGAGAAGAAGAUGAAGAUAAUGGAAGCUUUUAGAAUGUAUAUUGCUGACGGUGAAGAUUGCAUUACCCCUGGAAGCUUGAAGAUGAUGCUAAUGAAGCUAGGUGAGUCCAGAACCACUGAUGAUUGCAGAGAUAUGAUUCAAGCUUUUGAUCUCAAUGCUGAUGGAGUUUUGAGCUUUGAUGAGUUUGCCCUCAUGAUGCUUUAAGCUUUGUUGUUUCGUCUUCUACAGUUUUUGUUUGAUAUAUGGCUGUGUAAAUAAGGCUUUGCAAGCAAUAUCCAAAAACUUGUUUUAUAUUAUCCAAAAAAUCAUACUUCAUUAAAAAAAAAAAUUCAUCUUGUUUCAGUUUCAAUGUACAUGAAUCCUAUUUCAUUGUGUUUC